AUGGUUUUUGGCCUAUUGCGCCGGGCCAAGAAAGGUUCCAUCCGCGAACCUUCGGCCAAUAACCGGGAUGAUGUACAAUCCGCUUUGGCUAUGGGCCAGCAAGCCAUCAGAGACAUGAAUGACAGGCUACGUGUAUUGGAGGAGCGUAUAAAGGACUGCGUCGCAGAAGCUAAAGAGAAGUACAGCAAGAAUGACAAGGCGGGAGCUCUGGGCGCAUUGCGCCGCAAGAAGCUCUAUGAGGAAGAGGCCACACGCGUGACUUCCUCGAUAAUGACAUUGGAGACACAAAACAUCACUUUGGAGGGCGCACAAAUGCAGCAACUUGCGCUGAGCGCAUUGUCCACGGGUGCGGCGGCUCACAAAAGAUUUCAAGAAUGUAUGGCCACAACUGAAGUGGACAAAUUGAUGGACCAGCUUGAAGAACAACGUGAAAACCAGCUAGAAAUAUACGACGCGAUGACUCAAGGGGUUUCUUUGCCCACAGAGUUCGAGGACGAGCUCGACGCCCUUAUGCAAGAAGAAUUUGCAAAAGAGGCUGCACUGGAGCAGUCAAUCGACAUCGCAGCAGAGUCCUUGGCAAGUGUUGUGGAGCAACCUGUGGUCGAACCCGAGGCUCCUAAUGAAUCCUUGCAAACCAGAACGCGGGUUUCCGAAGCCACUGAGCCUUCUGCCAUCGCACAAUAA